AUGGCAUCCUUAGCCUUUGCGCUAGGUCUGCUAUGGAGCAAAGCCAAUGCCGUUCCCUUCGGAGGUGGCAUGGGCAAUUGCUACUCACCGGGGAACCCAGUGAAGCAAUACGAUGUCACAAACACCGCAAAGAACUGGCAAGGUGAUCCAGUGGUUGGUGAUUGGUCAUGUGUUGGUACAGGAGGGACCUGCAACAUGGCAACUCAACAAUCCUACUCAGUUGCUGUGACCGUUGAGGUCGGAUUUGACCUAGGUCUUGACUUCGAGAAAAUUGCCGGCUCGGCCGGAAUCUCCGCCUCUGUCUCCACCACCACCGAGACAGGGACCACUCAGGGAAUCUCCAAAAAUUGCCCGGAUGGUCCUUGGAGUUGCGCUCUUAUUAUCUGGCCAGCUGUGACGAAGAUUGAAGGCAUUCAGACCCCACUUACGGCUCUAUGCACAGUGGAAACGGAGAAUGCAAAACCAUACACUGUCCAGAUGCCAGAGGUGGGUCCUGAUGGACUGGUUGGGGGACAUGUAGAUGUCUGCGCAUGCAAGAACUUUGCGCAUUGGGCGGAUCCGGGUGCACCAUCCAUCGUGUGCCCACAGGAUUGCAAGAACUAA